CUCAGCUGUCUAUUGGUCGAAGAUCCUGGCUGAGAUGAUGGGCCCCAGCACCACACGCGCUAGCUGAGUGGUCACCGGGAAGCGGUCCUUGAAGGCACCACCCACAGCCGGCUCGGUCGUAGUGAUGCGCACAUACACUGUAAACAGAUGACAAAAGAGCACAGAGAUGAGAGUGUAUGCAUGUAUGGUAUGCCGUGCUGGGCUGACCGGUGUUGGGGUCCUCCGAGAUGGCAAUCCAUGCGACGAACGUGUGGCUGCUGUUGGUCAGGAUGAGAUGACGAGAAGUGAGGCCGGUAGCGUAGCGGAAUGAUGUGGUGGUGGUGCAUCCCCCCACACACCAGUGUCAGCAGGUUGAGCAGCCGGAUGUUGCCGGCAUGCCUGACCAAUGAAGACGCACAUAACACACACUCGUGCGUCGACGACACCCACACAGAGUGAUGCCCGGCCUGACCUAUUGAUAGCACGGGUAGUUCUGGGGUUCUGGUGAGUCCUGUUGAAGUGGCCGAUGACAAUGGUCUUGACAAACGAUGACAUAACGAAUGGUCCGGGGGAUUCGCCAGCGACCGCCAUCCCGCGGGGGGGGAGAAGUCGAUCCUGCUGCGGACUGGAGGGUCAUGCUGCUGUCGGUGCUGUUGGUAGAGGUGGCCGGGAGGGAGGGGCGGGAUGCUGUCGAUCUCGAAGCCGUCCUGGUCUUGGAUGGCCCGCAGUGUGGUGCCGUGCUGGAACAGCGCGAAGGUCACGCCGUCGCCCAAGUGGAUGUGGGGGCCGACCACCUUGAGCUGAGCCAACACACGGGGAGCGGCCAAAUACGCCUGCACACACAACACAUCAACACACCACACACCGAUUGAGGGCCAUCCUUUCACCCUACCUCUCUCGGUUGGCUUGGCUUACCGUCUUGUUUGGGUAUCGGUGCAGAUCGGCCGUAGUGAGCCUCACAGGCAGCUGGCAGCUGCCGCACUGCCCUGCCAGCUCGAUCACCUCGCUCAUCUCACUCCAGCCGCCCGCCUCCGUCACGCACAGCGCCGCCAGCAGCCCACCCUCGCCCAUCUGCUGGUCGUCGAAGGUCAGCAGCUGCUGUCCGUUGGCCGUCCGCCGCAGCCCCGCCUGUGUGCUCAGCGAGUGGCUGAGCCGCUGCCGCAGCUGAGGCGCUCCGAAGAGGCCUCUGGCCCAUUUGCAGGUCUUCCUCAGACGCAGGAUGUCAUUGAGGCUGAGCAGGUAAAAUGUGCGGCGGCCGACGAAGAUGUACUCGAUGUGAUGCUGCUGCUGCUGGUUGGGCUGCUGGUGGGGCUGCAGAUCUGCCGACCGUGAGCUGCCGCCCCCCUCAUGCUGCUGCUGUGACUCUGCCGCAGCACCACCCGCACCAACCGAGCCACCUGAAGGCACCACACAGCACAGGAAGGUCAUGACAAUGGGCAGUCCACCAACAGCAGCCGAUGCUUUGUGUACCUUCGCUAUGCCCCCCCCCACCACCACCACCACCAGCAGUAUGGCUGAUGUCUACGCGUCUACGCUUCUUGGCGCCGGCGUCAUCAGCAGGCACCUGACCAGCGACACACAUCAAUGAGUUUGUCUGUCUGUGUGUCUGUGUGGGUGUGGACUUGUGCGCACCGCGUUGCUACGCUGUUUGUUGCUGUCGGUCUCCUUCGGCCCCACAGCGCCGCCCGCCCCCCCCCUGAGCCGCCCCGCCGUCGACAUCCAUUCGCUAACAUAAACACACACACACACACACACACAUAGAGGAGUGACCGGCUUGUGUGUGCCAUCCAGUGGUCGGUGGAGCCUUACGCAUUUGUUGUGGUUAGUGGGCGUCUGUGUCAGCUCAUUGCUGAGGGCCGAGUGGGCGUCGGUAAGAUUCGUCAGAAGACCCAACAGCCGGCGGCCAGCCGCCGACGCACAAACCUGUCAACGGCAACAAACACGACAGAGAGAGAGAGAGAGUGAUGCGGCACUCGUGCAGGCGGACGUGUGUGUCAUGUUGGCUGCGUUGGAUCAGCUCCCUCGCCCGCCGAGCCGGCGUGGCCAUCUGACAUGCGAUCUGAAGGCAAACAAACAAACAAACAAACAAACAGACAGGCAACACACUGAGUGAAUGAAUGGCCGGUCUGACGCCUCCCUCCCUCCCUCCCUCACCGAUUGGAUCUGAUCUAUGACAUCUCGCAAGCUAUCGUCCGACAGGUCGCCCCGCCCACCUGCACCACACACACCAUCACCCCCCACACAUACAUGACAGCCGUGUGUGUCCAUUGUGUGCGUCAUCGCCCGCCUCUCGAGGGAGCCGGGACGUCGUGGCUACUGUCCAUCUGACGAACACGGUCAACCAUUUGCACCAAGGAAGCAGCCACACAGCGAGAUGGGAUGCAGUCAUCAGUGUGCCUGUCCUCUCAGUCUGCCGACUCACUGCUCAGUGUGUGAGUUUUGGCGUCAGCCGUCGAGUUGAUCCUGACGCCAGCCAUCAAGACGCAAGCCUCUCACUCAGCCCGUCACCGUUGUCAGAUCUGAAAGCACACACAUCGCACAGCCACGCAGGGAGGGAAGGGAAUGUGUUGCCUGUCGUUUCUAUCUGUCAUGCAUCAUCUGCCUGUCUGCCUGCCUCCCUCAGUUGGCCUCGCUGAUGGGAAGGCUUAGCGCCUCGGCUCAGGGAGUGAAUGGGUGGGCCGAGAGGUCUUUUGGUCUCACCGAUGGUGACGAGAGGAAGUGUGGAGGCAGCAACAAGCCGUCAUCGGACGAAAAGG